CAGUAAGUGUUUGGUGGAAGUUGGAAAUAACAGUCCGGAUGGCAUGUUUCAUCCUGGAAAUCAGAGAAUAAGAGCACCAGGCUGCAAUGGAGGUGGUGCAUUCCACCCCAGAAUCCUUCCAAAGAAGCUUCCAGAAGCUUCCUCUGGGGCAGCUGGUGGAGGAGACAAGGAUGGGGCUGGACGUGCCACAUCACCUACUGGAAACCAAAGUCUUUUCCAAACUCCAGGGUAACGAUGUCAUACAAGCCGAGCCUUCUGCGAUUCACUUUGGCGGCUUCGAGGUGGGGUCAGAUUACCAGAGGGUCUUGAAACUCAUCAACAUUUCCUCUGAAGUGGUGAACAUCCACAUUAUACCCACCCAAACAAAGCACUUUCAAACAAAGUAUUCAAAAAAGUGUCGGCUGGUCCCAGGACUCUCCUAUACAGUGAAAGUGCAUUUCAGCCCAGAUGAAUGGCGGUACUUUUAUGAUUCCAUUCGGAUUCACUGCAAGGGCGACGAGAACCUCCUGGUACCUGUCCACGCUUACCCCGUCAUCAACGAUUUGGAAAUACCUCCCCAUGUCCGCCUGCCACCCGUCCCGCUGGGUCAGAGCGUCGGCCACUGCAUUCCCUUGAGCUGCAGCUGCCCGAUAGACUUUGAGUUCCAGGUGUACUGCAUCGAGCCACACAAGGCCUUCAGCAUCCAGCCUCUCUCAGGGGUCAUCCCAGCGAACGGGAGGGUGACAGUAACGGUGACAUUCACGCCGCUGGAGUAUGGCACUGCCCAGACCACCCUGCAGCUGGUCAUCUCUCAGUUCAACUCCAAGCCUUACGUCUGCACCAUCACGGGGACCUGCUCUCCGUACCUGGGCCUCGGUGAUGGUAUGGGUGACACACAGGGCAGUGUGUCACUGAAAGAGCUCCUGGAUCCUCAGUCCAUCUCACCACUGCACCUGUCCAGGACCAAGAGGAAGCUCCUGGGUCCAGCCCAGACCCAGGCCCAAACCCAGGCCCAGACCCAGACCCAAACCCAAACCCAGGCCCAGGCCCAGACCCUGGGCCCUCGCAAGAGGGAGAGGGAGCCGCAGGGCCUGAAACCUGCUAUCGAUGUGAGCACGCCUGCUGGAGUGGCCAAGGUGCUGAUGCAGAGGCAGGACAAGCUGACCUCCAAAGACCUGAGAGAAGCGAUGUCCCAGGCCAAGGCGCGGUCCCUGUCCAGACAGAUGAAGGAAGCUUUAUUUGAAAGCAAAGUCCGCCAGGACGUGCAGGAAGAGAGGGCCAAUACUUUGAGAUGGCAAGUUCAUCUUGGGAGGGACCCAGUCUCCACUGAGACCAGGAAGCAGAUUUUUGAAGAAAGAGAGUUGGCCAUUGGCGAAUAUAAGAUUAGACGAGAGGACGUGGCAGAGGCGGUCUGCGUCCAGGACCGGACGCGGUUGUCUCUUCGGCGUGUCCUGCGUGCCACUGGACAGCUGCCAGAUUAUGUCCCAGAAUUCCACAGCUUUCCCAGCAGCCCGCUGGAGGUCAGACAGAGGGCCCUGUCACUCUUCCAGCAAGCUGCCCGAAAGGUGCUGAUCCGCUGUCGCCUGGUCAGCCGUCUUUCGUCCCUGAAGCAGGCAGUGCGCAGGAUGAAGAGGCAGGCUCGCAGUGACACACCUGCAGCAGAUGAUGACGAGAAGCCCCUCCCUCUGAAACUGUCCCGGGACAAUCUGCACCACUUCUCCUUUCCCACCUUCACCUGUCUGGAUCACCUGGAUGAGCUCACCCCUCAUGCCCUGGGCCAAGUUCCGGUGAAGCCUGUCUCACUUCUGAUAACAGCCCAUGUCCCCUUCUUCAAGCUCAAGGUUCCUCAGCACUACAGGUUGAUGGGCUAUCAGCAGGUGUCACCUCUACAGGCGUGGGAGGGCUCUGCUCCCAGUAUCUCAACCCGACCGCUACGCUCAGGAGCUGAGGAUGAACUCCUGCCCGCGGUGAUAACAUCUCCAGCAGAAUGCGGUCUCCCAGAAUCGGAGGGGCCCGGACAGAGCUGGCAGGACCAGGCUGUGGAGCUGAAAGAGACCACCGCCCUGAGUUUCAGUGCCCCCCCUGCCCUGCUGCGGCCCCCGAAUGCCCACCCCCUCAGAAUCUUUAACCCGGCCCCAGGCCUACAGGCCUACAAGCAGCCCCCCCGCUACCUGGAGUGUGACCCCGAGUUCCACCUGUGUCCUUUACCGAGGCACCCCGUUCCCAAAGGACCUAACGUGGGGGUCCAUGCACCCAGCACCCAGAGGAAGUUCCUGGACCGGACGGAAGUGAUCCGAGGGGUGAUGACCUGGAAGAAGUUCCAGUCAGCAGCCUUGUCCUCUCUGUCCAGCCCUCCUGCUCUGACCAGCUCCUGGACGCCACGCAUGGCUGAUGCCUUUAAUGAAGACCUGCUCCCCAGCUCAGCACCUCCUGCCCUGGCCUGCCUGCCUGAGGAGCUGAAGGAGGACGUGAUGGAUGGGCUAUCUGAAAGCAAGGGAGUAGCUCUAACCCCAGAGAUGCUGAGAGCGGAGUUUCCCCUGCCGGAGAGCGCCCGCAUCGCACAGCUGAAGGACGGGACCACCAAAGACCACCGACAAGUGAGAGCGCAGGAGAAGGACCAGGCUCAGCCCAGUAAACUGGCCCCCAAAGUGCAGGCAAGACUGAGGGGCUUGAAGGCCCUGGCAACGGCGGACUUCUUCCCGCAGUGAUGCUCACCGCACUCUUAAAUCACGCGGAUGAGGUGAUGAUAAAUGUAUAAACACAGUACCUUCCAGUUCUCUGUAUAAUUUAAUGCAGUGGAUGAAACCUGUAGCGGCACAGAUCAUGUCCCCCCCCGGAAUCCAUUCCCCCUGGAAUCCCAUUCCCUUUGUUCUGUUUUCAUUGCCAUCUAAACCACAGUGGAGCGCCGCUACAGAAAACUGUGGGAAGGGUCGACCGUCAUGACGGAUGGCGGAGUUAUGUGCGGAUGAACCAUUUUAAUAUUUUGUAAGCUUGGGAUUAAGUGUAUAGACCCUUUGUUUUUCCAUAAGCACAAGUUCAUAGUUGUAUGCAGCAACAAUUUCAGGGUCUCAUCUCAUGUUUCUGUUAAAACUCAAACUCAGCUUGUGUAGUGUCUUGCCUGUCCCUUGGAAUUCUAGUCUAAAUAUCAUGAGCAAAUUGUUAUAUGUUAAUAUUUAUAACAUGUCUAAAUACUAUUUAUUUAACCCCUGACUGAUUAUUGAAUUGCUUGCAAGUACUGGUAGUGCUAGGGAGUAUGAGGGUAUCCAAAAAUAAGGGACACACAAAGAUCUUGUGAUUCAGUGAAAUAAUUUUAUAAGUGCAUGUAACAGGUAAAAAUGUAAAUGUUGUGCACUAGUUAUCUGAUACAUUUAAGCUCACUUCUCAUUAUGGUUUUAUAUAACA